AUGUCUAAAGAUGAGUUUCGUAUUUUAACAGCAAUUGAAAUAGGUAUGAGAAAUCACGAGUUUGUGCCACUUAAUUUAAUUGAAAGAAUAUCUCACUUAAAGCGUGGAUGCACGAGUAAAGUUAUAAAAUCGGUAUUAAAAAACAAAUUGGUAUUCCAUUAAAACAAGCAAUGUAAAAAAAUUUAGUAAUAUUUUUUUUUUUUAAUAAAUUAAUUAAUAGAUGACGGUUAUAAAUUAACAUAUCUUGGAUACGAUUAUUUAGCUUUAUAAGUAUUUAUGAGAAGAGGACAUAUUAAAGAUGUUAUUGGGAAAGUAGGUUGUGGAAAAGAAUCUGAUAUUUAUAAAUGCACAAAUGAAAAUGGAGAUUUUGUAAUUUUGAAAUUUACAAGAUUAGGAAGAACAUCAUUUAAAACAAUAAAAAAGAACAGAGAUUACAUUUAACACAGAACUAGUUAUAGUUGGCUUUAUCUUUCAAGGCUUUCUGCAAUAAAAGAAUUUUCGUUUAUGGAUCUACUUUACAAAAACAAAUUCCCAACACCAGUUCCUAUCGAUUAAAAUAGACAUGGAAUAGUAAUGAGUUUAGUAGAAGGUUGUAAUUUACAAAAUGUAGCAUAAUUAAAUGAACCUUAAAAAGUAUUUGAAUAAUGUAUGGAUUAAAUUAAAAGAUUAGCAGAAUGUGGUUUAAUUCAUUCAGAUUUCAACGAAUUUAAUCUAAUGAUUAAAUAAAAUGAAGAAAUAGUAAUGAUAGAUUUUCCUUAAAUGGUAAGUACAAAGCAUAAAAAUGCAGAAUUUUACUUUAAUAGAGAUGUUGAAUGUAUUCAUGUAUUUUUCGAAAGGAGAUUUUAUUAUUAAUCUUAAUAUACUUUGGAUUUUAGUAAAAUAAAUAGGAUUAAUGAUCUUGAUAUUUAAGUUAAGGCAUCUGGAUUUGUUAAAAAAGAAAUAAAAAAUAUCGAUGACUUUGACAUUGACUUAAGAGAAAGUGAUAGUGAAGGUGAUGAUGAUGAUGAAUUUGAUAAUUAAAGUGAAGAUGAAGAAAAUUAGAAUGAAAUUAGAUAAGAAUCUAGUGAUAAUAAUCAGUAAGAAAACGAAGAAGAUUAAGAAGAAAUCGUUUAUGACGAAAAUAAUAAAUAAGAACAUACUAAUGAUAUAAAAGAUUUAUAUAGUAUAAAAGUUAUAAUAACUAAGUAUUAUGAAAAUGGUUGUCUUUUAGAUUUUAUAAAUGAAAACUAUCCUUUGAAUAAUAACUUAAUAAAGAAAAUAAUCAAACAAAUAAUUGCUGCAAUUAACUAUUUACAUGAAAAUAGAAUUGCCCAUCUUGAUAUUAAACCUGAAAAUAUUUUUUUGGACGAAAAUUUGGAUGUUGUUUUAGGAGAUUUUGGUCUAAGUUUAGAAUAUGGAAGCCAAAAUUAAGAAAUCAGAGAAUUCAACAUCGGAACUCCUGGAUAUAUUUUACCUGAAGUUUACAUGAGAAAACCUUAUCUUCCCAUACAUGCUGACCUUUUUGCAGCUGGAGUUCUCCUUUUUGCAAUUUGCACAAAGAAUUUGCCGUUUAUGCAUAAUACAACUUCAUAUGGAAUAUUUGCUUCUUAAAAUUAAAUAUAUUGGAAAAAUAUCAGAAGACUUAUACAAGGAAGAAGUGAGUGCUUAACUGAAUCUUUUAUCGAUAUUUUUACUAAAAUGGUUUAUUUUAAUCCUAAUUAGAGAAUUUCUGUGGAUGAAAUUCUUAAUCAUUAAUGGAUGUAGAAUUGA